AUGUUAUCUUUUAAAUGGCAAUCUAUUUUACUAUUAAUACAUGUUCUAUUGAAUUUAACUCUAUCCACUCGUCCGCCACAUGUAAACUUACUUGCAAAUUUAAUUACUAAAAGAAAGUCUUCAAUGAUAAAACAAAUGAAUGAUACAAAUGAAGUGGUGGUAUUUGGUCAUCGCAAUCCAGAUACAGACUCUGUUGUAUCUGCACUAGUUUUUGCCGACUUUCUUCGUCGUAUUAAAGUCAAUGCUAAAGCUUAUCGUCUCAAUGAUCUUGAUAAUGAAACAAAAUUUGUACUUAAAACAGCUGGUAUCGAACAACCAGAUAUGUUACCUGAUAAUUUACCUAAUGGUACUAAAGUAGCGUUAAUUGAUCAUAAUGAAAGUCAACAAUCGAUGGAAAAUUUGAAAAACAUGCGUGUAACAUAUGUAAUCGAUCAUCAUAAAUUGGGUGAUUUGACAACACCGGAACCAGUAUUUCUACUAUUUGAGCCAGUAGGUUGUGCAGCAACAUUAAUAACAAAAUUAUAUAUCGAUAACCAAUUAGAUAUAACUCAACAGAUAGCAAUACUUAUUGUUAGUGCUAUUAUUAGUGAUACACUUCAUUUUCGUUUGCCUACGACAACAGAUAAAGAUCGUUCAAUUGUCAAUUAUCUUCUACCCAUUGCGAAAAUCGACAACGCAGCAGUGUAUGCGAAUCAAAUGUUUGAAGCUAUUAGUGAUUUAAGUGGUUUUUCAUUGCGACAAAUUCUUCGUGUGGGUUUUAAAAUCUUUUUAUUCAAUGAUCAACAGUGGGGUGUAAGCUUUUUGUAUACAAUUUAUCCAAAUAGGAUACUCGAAAGUAAAGAAGGAUUACUUCAAGAAAUGGUUGAUGAAAAGAAGAAAAGCAAUUUGACUGGAAUUCUCUUUUCAGUUGUUGAUAUUGUCAAGGAACAAAAUUAUAUGUUUAUUAUUGGAGAACUAGAACAUACUGUCGUACGAGAAGCAUUCAAGGUCAAUAUUGAAAGACAAGUUGCUCAUUUAGGUCGAAGAAUGAGUCGAAAGAAAGAUAUUAUUCCUUGUCUCGAAGCGUAUUUCAAGACAAAUCAUUGA